AUGGAUGCACAAUUUAGUUCAUUCAACAAUGCUGCUCAUGUGACAAGUUUUUCAACACUGUCCGCAUCCAUUUUUAAAUGGCUGGAAGAGGAAUGCAAACCACAGGUACUGAAUAUAGUCACUGAAUUAUAAGUCACUUGCAUGAUGUACUGUAUGAUCUUUUCACAGUGCAGCCUUGUGAAUUAUGGUUCAUAAUGUGAUGCUAGCAUGCGCACGACAUCAACUUUUUCAAUUAAGUUUGUGAAUAUUUGUACUAGAAGGGUAGAAUUUUAUAGAUUUUGCAAUAAAUCUACAUCUUAACUGAAUCUAAACGCGUCCUAAGAUAUAUUGAGAAUAAAUUCAAACGAAAGAUUGAUAUAUUUAGGAUUAAUAUGUGAAUUAUGUAAAUAUUUUCGCUUACGUUUAAAAUAGCCAACGUAUAUUUGAUUAAAUAUUUUACUACCAUAUAUGCGUUGCAAUAUCACAUAUUUUUACAAAAAGUCUUGCCAACUUCGCUCCCAACGAUAAAUUCACAUUAAAGACCAUCGUUCAAAAGGGUGAACUGUAGAUAUUACAGUAUACAUGUAUAAUAUACAUGGCACGGGUUGUCGAGGGUCACCAGCGGUUAAUCCAUGGGAAUUUUCCAGUAUUUAAAUUAACGAAGAAGCCCACUCAUCAGUGUAUAUGUCACAGUAAGGUCAUCAUCAAUCAUCCAUUCAUAGUGGCCUACCGAGACUAUGUUUUUAUCGCUUGGCGGAGGUGGGUGGCUCUAUACAUUUCGAAAUGAAUGGUUAUCCCACACAAAUAAUGACAUUGCGAAUAAUAAGUUAAAUGAUGUUCAUCUCCACAGCCUUGCUAAAUGCAGUAGAAAAUCGUUUUCCACAAAACCAGACCAACAGACCUUUACCACGUUUUUAAGCGGAUUCAAUGGACCUUUCCCCUUAUAACCAAAAUUUUGAUCGAAAAUUCAUCAGAGCUUGAAAGAGCAUCACAAAAUUAGUAAUAUUCCAAAGUUUCGUUGCGAAAUGUUGUAAAAUGCGGAUAAUAUAGCCUUGCGAAGUUUGCCGUUUUUCAGUCAUUUGUAUUACGCAUGGGAAAUUGACAGCCCAAUCGGGUGUUGGGGCAUCAAUUUCCCGUUUGUAAUACAAAAUGACUGAAAAUUGCAAAUUUCGCAGGGCUACAUUAUCCGCAUUUUACAACAUUUUGCAACGAAACGUCGGAAUAUUACUAAUUUUGUGACGCUCUUUCAAGCUGUGAUGAAAUUUUUGUCUAGACUCGUCUAGAUCAACUCGUCCAUUGGCCUUACUGUGACCUAUUCGAUUAGAAGAUGGUCUAUUAUGUUGCUUGCCAUGCAAACUUACAACGUACUGGUAAAGUUGGCAGAUUGGGCCGACUCCGAAGAGAAGCGAGAUUUUGCUUACAGCUCUGCUGACCAUAGGACGAAUGUCCCUUAUAUAUAUUGAUCACAGUAGGAAUUUUUCAUUGGUAAAUGAGUUUUAAUGGAUUUGUAAGUUUGAGGAAACUGACUUCAUAUUGUUUAACAUUGAGUCACUUCCCUCAAACUUACAAAUCCUUCAAAACUUAUCCAUGCAAAAUUACUACUGUGAUCACAGAAACUUUGAGAUAAACCAGCCUUAAAACUUUGUAUAAAAAUUUUUAGAAACUGGAAGAAAUAGUGGUCGAUUCUUUACAAAAUACAAAUAUCAAUGGCGUUUGA